AUGUAUUUCUUUCUUUUCGUUUCUCACUAUUCUGUCAGCCAUUUUUACGUUUACCUCAAUUUUAUCUUUCAUCCACACUAUACUUUCUCAAUCUUUUUUCUUUCUUAUUAUUUUUCUUUUUGUCAUUCAUUCACACUAUUCUCACCUAUUCCUUUUUCGUUUUUAUGUUUUUAUUUUGAUCUCUUUUUCACACUAAUCUACCUCACUCUUUCUUUCCUUAUCUUUACUUUUUAUCUCUUCUUUACACUAUUCUGUUUCAUCUUUUUUCUCUUCUUAUCUUUUUUUUCUUUCUUAUCUCUUCUUCACACUAAUCUACCUCACUUAUUCUCUCUUAAUAUUUUUAUGUCUUCUCCCUUUUCUCACUUUUUCAUUCUCAUUUAUUUCUUUUUUUAUUUUCUUCACAUUAAUUUCUCCAAUUUUUUUCUCUCCUAUCUUUUUCUAUUUAGCUCUUCUUCACACUAA